AUGCCCUUUGAACUCCUCACAACCAGCGUCUUGGAAACCUACGUCAAUGCUAUGAACCUUAUCUCGAGCAUGAGGACUAAAAUACCCAACAAUCCCGCAACCGCCUCGCUCUACUACCGCCAUAUCACCGAGAUCCAAUCUGCCCUUUCCGGGCUCACGGAUAUGCUGCAUGGCGCGUUCACAGACUUAAAAAGGUCUCCCGUGGGUGGAAAGAUGUGGGAACUUGCAAAAGGCUUGAUGGAUGAGGUUGUCGACAUGCUAGAGGAUUUGGAUCGUGCUAUCGAUGUGGUUGUGGAAGCGGAGAAGGAGGUUAAAAGACAAGUUGACGAGGUUACGGGAAUUGUGAGCAGGUGGAGGUCGAGGCGCCAGUUGGGGUAGCAGAUGUGGAGAGGGAGUGCUAG